CGGAGUGUUGCAGCCGUGCGCGCCAGACUCAGAGGCCAUCACCCAAUUUCUCACCACCACCGCCGUCUCGUCCUCGUCGUCCAGAGCGUCGUCGACGCUCUCCGCCCCUCUCCUUUGCGUCGGCCAUGGCCGUUUCACCCUCGCAGGCGAUCAAUUCGGGAGAGCUCACCGACCUCAUCUCUUCUUCCUCGUCGGCGACCGUCUAUCCUUCUGACGACACCCUCCUCUCCGUGCUCCAGGCACGCUUCCGCACAGACCUCCCCUACGCCCGCAUUGGCACGUCCAACCUCGUCGUCGUCAACCCGUACAAGACUCUCAAUAAUGUCAGCGACGCCAGCGCGAAGGAGUACGAGGAGCGGUGUUACAAGGACACCAGCAUCCCUCUCCCUGGCGAUCCACCUCCGCCACAGCCACACAUCUACGACCUUGCAGCCAGAGUGUACCUGUUGAUGAGGAGGAGGAAUGAGUCGCAGUCGGUGGUGUUCCGCGGAAUCACUGCGUCUGGAAAGACACAUAGCUCCCAGCUACUUGUCAACCAGGUGCUGAGGCUUUCUUCACACUCUAAAAAGGAGGCGAAGCUGGCAGCGCAGAUCAAAGCUCUCUCGCCGCUCCUCGAUUCGUUCGGUAGCGCCAAGACGCUCAUCAGCCCGAACGCGUCUCGCUACGGUCGCUACCUCGAGCUUCACUUCGGCGAUCGAGGUCGUAUCAGUAGCGCAAAGGUGCUCACAUACGGGCUCGACAAGUCGCGCUUGAACCGCCUCUCGUUUGAGGAACGCACGUACCAUGUGUUCUACCAGUUCCUCGCGGGUGCAACACCGGAUGAGCGCGACACGUACAACCUGGAGGAUCCGUCGGACGACGACAAUGCAGCGAUGGACGAAUUGCGUGCGGCGAUGAAGACGCUCGGGUUCAAGCAGAAGCACAUCUCGUCCAUAUUCAGCUUGCUAGUGGCCAUCCUCACGCUUAGUAACAUACAGUUCACGGAACCGGACAGUUCAGACGUCUCUGCCUACAUCGCCAACCCUCUCGUUCUUGAGGAGGUCGCCCGGCUACUUGGUGUACCGUUGGACGACCUGAGCGAGACCUUGACGAACAAGACAAACUAUGUCCGGAAGGAGCUAUACACGGUGCUACUGAACGCGCAACAGGCCGCAUCGCAGCGGGAUUCCCUAAUGCGCGAUCUCUACGCCAUCCUGUUUGCCUUCGUUGUCGAGACUGCGAACCACCGCAUCGCACCUUCCCCGCAAUCGCUUCCACCUCCAGCGCAGAUUGUCUUACUCGAUCAGCCUGGCUUUCAGACGAAGGGCGCACCCGGUUCGGCGUCCGUGUACAUCGGUGGUCCCGCGCCUCUGCUGUCACCGCAUGGCCAGGCCGGCUUCGACGAGUUCUGCAUCAACUUUGCCAACGAGAUGGUGCAGUCGUUCAUUCUGCGAAACGCCUUCGAGGACUUUGUCGGCUACAACGGCGAGAUGACGAGGGAUGGCGUUUCCCUACCUGCGAUCGCCACGAUGGACAACUCGGCGUGCAUCGAGCUGUUGCGCGGUGCACAGCUGAGUGAGAGGGCGUCGAAGAAGCCUGGAGGUCUGCUCGGCGUGACAAACAAGGCCAGCUCGUCGUUCAAGUCUGGCAAGAGUGGAGAGAAGCGGGACGAGGAGCUGUUGCAGGAUCUCGUCGCAAAGUUCGGCGUGCACGCAUCGUUCAUUGCAAACCCGCCGGAGCAGGCCGCGACGAGCAUGGAGUUCGGCAUCAACCACUUCGCAGGGCCGUGCUCUUACGACGUACACGGUUUCGUAGAGAAGGACACCGACAUUCUUGACACCGCUUUCGUGUCGCUGCUCCGGAACUCGACGGAUCCUUUCAUCUCGAAGCUCAUGUCCGGCCCCAGUCUCGCUACCGAGCGUCACGCCAAGGACGAGAGCAUGAUCGCGCAAGCGCAGGUUUCCUCUCGACCUCUCCGCCAGCCCACUCCCAUCCUCUCCCGCGAUGGUGCCGCCCCUGCCGAGGCUGAGGAACACUCACAUCUCGACCCAGCCAAAGCCUACCCUGUGACGACGCAGCUUAACCACAACCUUUCCGAGAUCAUGACGAGCAUGGAUCGUACACGUCUCUGGACCGUGUCGUGUAUCCGGCCGAACGAUUCGGGCUCGUCAAACUCGUUCGACAAGCGGCGCGUGAAGGCGCAGAUCCGUGCAUUGCUCCUUCCGGAUUUGGUGUCGCGAAAGAAGGUGGACUUCGUAGCCGACUUCGAGCACAGAGCCUUCUGUGAUCGCUACGUUCCGACGAUGGGCGGCUCGGAGGCAGAGCGCAUCAGGCAGUGCGCGCAUGCGAAUGGAUGGCAGGACGGCGUGGACUACGUCGUUGGACAUCGGUCGAUCUGGCUGACGUACAUGGCGUGGAAGAUGGUGGAGGACGUCUUGCGUGGGGCGGAGAAAGACGCGAAGAAGAGUUUGGGUGUGAGAGAUGAUGAGGACGAGAGCGUCGUGCCGGAUGAUAUGACAGAGGCUACCCACCACGAUGCGCCAUCGAUGCCUGCUGCGUCGUACUAUGGUGCGGGCGCGAGCGAGGACAACUUGCUCUUGACUCGUACAGGAACCCACGGGACGACGUACCGGGAUGCGAACACGAAAGGUGGUUAUGCUCAGGUGGGCUUGUCGACGCCUAACGUAGAGAACACCCCGGCGUACAGUGACCAGGAAGGUGAGAAGGACCCUGGGUAUGCAGGCUCUCCGGCGCUCGAGAAGGAACCAGCAGGUGCCGUCGAGGAAAUCGCGACGACUCGGAUUCGUCGCUGGUGGAUCGCCAUCGUGUGGCUGGUGACGUGGUGGAUAAUUGGGCGGAUGAAGCGGCCAGAUAUCCGGCUUGCCUGGCGAGAGAAGGUCACAAUCUUCUUCCUCAUCAUUUUCUUCAACGGCGUUUUCGGUCGUCUCCUCUGCCCGGAUUACGACAAGGCAUGGAACACGAACCAGCUUGGCCAACACACAGGCACGAACGACUUCUACGUCGCCAUCCAAGGCACUGUGUAUGACGUUUCGAAUGACAUUCCCAGCCAACCAAGUAACGGCGCAGACACUCUGGACUAUCUCGCCGGCCAGGACUUGACGUACUACUUCCCACCACCGCUUACCCUUGCAUGCCCUAAUCUGGUCACCAAUGAGGCCUUGUCGUUGACCGCACCGACCAACUGGACGGAGACGUCAUUUACCUCGAGUAAAUUGCACCAGGACAACUGGUACACGACGAUCUUCCAACCGAAAAUUAACCAGUACAAGAUCGGUGCGUAUUCCGCGGCGUCCUCUAGCAGCAGCGACAAUUCCGCAUCGGACCAGCGAUACUGGGCAAUAUGGGACAACAGUGUUUACGACCUCUCCGCGUAUUUCCAGACGCUCACCAACAACGACAACUCGAACACAUUUACGUUCCUAGAUUCUGAUCUAUCUGGCCUCUGGCAGUCUACGCCUGGCCAGGAUAUUUCGAAGGACAUCGCGUCCGUCCUGGCCACAAUGAACUCGUCAUAUGCUGAGGAUAACGUGAGGUGCAUCAAGAACAUGUUCUACUGGGGCGAGAUGGACUUCCGCUCGACGCCUCGAUGCCAAGUCCAGAACAUCAUGCUUAUCGUCUUCUCGGCCAUCAUCAUGUCGUCCAUGGCGAUUAAGUUCCUCGCUGCGCUGCAGUUGACACCGAAGUCGAACCCCGAGAUGCUGGACAAAUUCGUCAUCUGCCAGGUCCCCUGUUACACGGAAGGCGAGGAGUCAUUGCGCCGAACGCUCGACUCAUUGGCCGCUCUGAACUACGAUGACAAGCGCAAGUUGAUGUUCAUCAUCUGUGACGGUAACAUCAUCGGUAAUGGGAAUGACCGUACAACGCCCCGGAUCGCUCUCGAUUUGCUUGGUGUCGAUCCCCAGCUCGAUCCCGAGCCUCUCUUGUUCAAAUCCAUCGGUGAGGGUUCGAAGGCUCUGAACUACGGCAAGGUGUAUUCGGGUUUGUAUGAGUUCGAAGGCCACGUCGUCCCGUACAUUGUCGUCGUCAAAGUUGGCAAGCCUACUGAACGCACCAAGCCUGGUAACCGAGGCAAACGUGACAGUCAAAUCUUGGUCAUGCAGUAUCUCAACCGUGUCCACUUUGACGCACCGAUGACCCCGCUGGAACUCGAGAUCUACCAUCAGAUGCGCAACGUUAUCGGCAUUGACCCUGCCUUCUACGAGUACAUCUUCACGAUUGAUGCCGACACGUCCGUUACACCGGAUUCCUUGAACCGUCUGGUCGCCGCGACCGCAGAUGACUCGAGUAUCAUUGGCAUUUGCGGGGAAACAAGGCUGGAUAACCCGGAGAAGUCUUGGUGGACGAUGAUUCAGGUCUACGAGUACUACAUCUCUCACCACCUGUCCAAGGCGUUCGAAAGUUUGUUCGGCUCAGUGUCCUGUCUGCCUGGUUGCUUCUCACUGUAUCGCAUCCGAACGGCGGACAAGGGUCGUCCUGUGAUCAUCUCGAACCGUAUCAUCGAAGAAUACGCGGAGCCCAACGUCGACACGCUGCACAAGAAGAACCUAUUCUCGCUCGGUGAAGAUCGGUUCUUGACGACGCUGAUGUUGAAGCACUUCCCCACGUUCCGAACGAAAUUCCUGGGCUCAGCCACUGCGCAUACGAUCGCUCCAGAGUCCUGGCGUGUUCUGUUCUCUCAGCGCCGUCGGUGGAUCAAUUCCACGGUCCACAAUCUUUGCGAGCUGGUCCUUCUGCCGGAUAUGUUCGGGUUCUGCUGUUUCUCCAUGCGCUUCUUCGUGUUCGUAGAUCUCCUGGGUACCUUGAUCCUUCCGGCGACAGUGGUCUAUUUGCUCUACCUGAUCAUCGUCGUCUCGACUCGCCAGGCUGCUUUCCCGCUCAUUUCGAUCAUCAUGAUUGCAGCUGUGUAUGGCUUGCAAAUGAUCAUCUUCCUACUCAAGCGAGAGUUCAUGCUUAUCGGCUGGAUGGUUGUCUACAUAAUUUCAUAUCCGGUGUACAGCUUCUUCCUCCCUAUCUACUCAUACUGGUGCAUGGACGACUUCAGUUGGGGUAACACUCGUCUGGUCAUCGGUGAAGGCAGCAACAAGAAGGUCAUCAUGAACGACGAGGAGAAGUUCGACGAGUCCAUGAUUCCUCUCAAAAAGUUCAGCGAGUACGAGGCGGAAGCAUGGGAGACUGGCACACGUCACUCCGACGAGACUGGCUACAGUAGCAAACCACACUCCCGUGUCCGUGGUUCCGUGUCUGGAUCACAAUCGCCCCGUAGCCAUCAUCCAGGGUCUCAAUUGCGCGGACGGCCUUCACAGACGAACCUGUCGCAGUACGGCGGACAGCCGGUCAUGUCGCAGUACAGUCUCCCGCAGUUGCCGUUCAUGCCCAUGGCCGGUGGACCUGGCUCUGUGGCAGGCUCUGAUUACGGUGGGCACAGUGGGCACAUGUCCAUGGGAAUGCCGAUGGGCUACCAGAACACGGGUAGCAUGUAUGGCAUGAUGCCGACAGCGCCACGCAACACCCAGUCGGGCCAUGGGCUGGCAGCUCCGAUGAUGCCGGCGGCACAGCGACCGAUGUCAACCUUCUCGAUGGCGACGUCGGUGAACCCCUUCGCUGGGCCAAGCAUGAACCCAGAUCCCACGGAUGAGGAUUUAGUGACUGCGUUGCGCCAGUAUCUUAGCACACAAGACUUGAUGACCGUGACGAAGAAGACUGCGCGGGAAGCUAUCCAGGCGAAGUUCCCCAAGGCCGACCUGUCUGGGCGUAAACAGUUCCUGAACGACUCAAUCGACCAGAUCCUCUCACAGGCAUAGACAAUCUCACGAACCUUCUACGAACACUCGCCCCUUGCACUUUCGGUCUUUACCUUGGACGCGGACUGACGUUGGGACAUUACAUUACCGGACUUUCUGUCGAGUUAUCAUGUUUGCAUUGCACGGACAUCUACCAUCUCUCACAUCAUGAACACUAUAGCAAUGUAAUUCCAUUGAACUCUAUAGUCCUCUUGACAAUAUAUGCUGGCUUGCUUGCUGGUAUGUAGCCCUUACGAUAGUCCUUUUCGAUGAUAGUCGAGUGUGAAAGUAUCGAGAACGAGG